AGCAAUACACACCGUCCCCUAUAAUUAUGCCGAUGUCACCAAUGACGAUAACCAUGUCUUCGUAUUCUGAAUACUCUAAGUUUUUCUUUUCAGUGAAUGUCUAUAUCCUAAUGCUUUCGUGACAACUACGUCUGCGUCUCUAAGAGUAAGACUCCGUGGCAGGGGCGGGGUACAGCACAUGUAGUCACGACAGUGUGCAAGUGUCAUUGUUGCCAAGAAAAACAAGUUCCCGAAAGUAAGGAAGUAGUCACCAGCACUCUGAAACGCAAAUUAUCUUUCUUACUUGUGAGCGUAACAAGAGCAUACAGAUCCAGAAUUCACAUUGGUUCAUCUCAAUCAAAAGCAUGGGCAGUUGAGCAUGAAAGGAACUGGGGCGGGCUUAGAAAGGCCACUGUUGGGCCACGAUUUGCCUGACAGCUCUGCUACCGUAAAAGCGAGCCUGGUGCAGCAGCCCGCGGAUGGCGGAUCUGUUCCUUCGGAUCUUAUCAAGGCGAGCUCGUCCUCCAGCAUCGUCAAAUCAAAAUCCUCCGCUGCGCCUCCUCCCUCGCCGUCCUGUGCCUCCUGGAUUCGGCUGUUGGUUGCUUGGGUUUGUAGCGUUCUUUGUGGCGGUCUGAUUCCUGGGCAGGCACUGUUCACGCAAAAAUUUGCCGAGGCUGGUGUGUAUCGUAGCGUGUGCAACUUCCCGAUUACCCACACGGAGCUGACUCUACACGAUGGAAAGAUUGUAUGUAGUGAGGUCACCGAACGGUUCUAACCGGGGAGUUUUUUUGCCAUCUCCCCUGAAAAACGACCGGCAGUUUUCAAGCGGACGGAAGAGUUUUUUAAAAAAAAAGAUUUUCAAUUAUCAAGCGGCCGGAGCUUUGAAAACAAACAAGCCCGAACGAAAACUAUCGAUUCACACUUGAUAAAACGACGCAGGGGAGCCGGCAAAAGGGGCGCCCUUCUGAGGCGCCCGCCGCCUUGGUUUCUGGCGAUUUGGGGCGCCCAAAAAGGGGCGCGCAAAAAACGCGCCCAAAAUCAGAACAGCGAAACAGCAUGGCACGGCCGCGAUUUCGGAGCAUUUUGGGCGGUCGCGAAAGCGGCCGCCUUUUCGCCGGUUUUAGAGCCUGGGAAGCUUUGCAAAAAGCGCCGGCGUGAAAAAUAAAAACGCGAAAAAUAAAAAGCGCCCCAGACGCGCAAAGCCAAUCCGCAUGCUAUGGGCCCGGUUUUUCUUCGCUUUUUGGGCGCCCCCCGUGGCACCCGGAUCGGCCCCAUAGCAUCGGGGCUGGCUUUCGGAAAGGAAUUUUGGAAAUGUGCCAAAAUUUGCGACGUUUCCCAAGUGGGCGCCAUACCGUGCGGCAUAACGUUACGCGCGGUGGUAUGGCGAGCCCAUAAAAAGCAAAGCCGCGGCCAAGGCGGCGGUCGGCAAAAAAACGCCUACGACCUCACUACCCCCGCCCCGGCGGCUAUAUUUGGUAGCGGAAGAAGUCAGGGUCGAGAGGGGUGAGGACGAACUCCAUCCGACCCUAAGACCUCUCGCUAUUCCCCUGUCCCCGCAGGUGGUCUUGCCGGGCGAGGACAACUCACCUUCCUCAGGGUCGGACGAUGAAAGAACCUGUGACGGGCAGUUUCUGGCUCUAGCGACUACCUUCAGCGUGCUCCAGUGCGUCGCCGUGACUGCGCUGCUGCCAGCGGGUAUCUGCUUCGACACGAUCGGCGGGCGGGCAACCGCGGUGUUGGGCGCGUUGCUGCUGGUCUGUGGGCUGCUCGUACUGUCCCUCGUCAUGUUCUUUCGCGACGACACCGCGGAGGGUGCGUGGAUGGAUUUUAUCCUGUUUCCCAUGGGACUAUUACUCACCGACUUUGGAUCGUGGAUCAACAACUACGGCCUGUUCGGCUUCCUCUUCCACGUGCCGGGCUACAACGGUUUACUCCUGUCCCUGAGCAACAGUUGCAGCUAUAUCGCGGCGUUUCUCCCGGUGUUUUUGCAGGAUUCGGUGAUGACAACGUACGGCAUCAGUUUCCCCCACGCACUCCUGGGGUACAGCCUCCCAGUGGGCGUGUCCGCGCUGCUGCUGGGCCUGGUGGUGCCCAGCCAGAGAGAGUACUACGCGGAAGCGGAGCGUGCGCUGGGCAUGCCGAUUGCCCGGCCCCGGGUGUCGUUCCUGAAACUGUGGACCUCCACGAAGCAAGCCUGGGAACUGCUCACCCGCCCACAGUACUGGCCGCGCCACCGGCAACUGCUGUUUGCGACCUUGCUGGGGAACAUUGGGAGUUUCGUGUACAUCAGCAUGCCGCAACCCUACGCGGCGGCCCUGUUCAACUUUCCGGCGCAGCACCAGGACCCGCACCUCGGCUCCUUCAUCGUGACGAACCUGGCGGUCAUCGGGUUGGUUGCUAGUCCGGUGGUUGGCGUCGUGCUAGAUUUCAAACACGGACUGGAGUCCAUGAUUUACCUCACGGUCGUGAGCCUGCUGUUGAUCGCGGGUCUCUGCUCCGUCGCGCAUUGGGACGCGCAGCGGGUCGUGGUGCGGGCGGUGAACCUGCUGCAGAUCAGUCUGACCACGAUCUUGAUGCGGUACAUUUUGUACUACACCCCCGCAAACCGCGUUGGGGUCGUGUCCGGCUCCUUCCUGACGCUGCUGGGCGCGGCCGCAGUGCCGUGCAUAGUUGCCAUGAACUUCCUGUGCACCACCAUCAUGCCAAAAGUGUUGAAAUACGUGGUGUUUGCCGACUACGGAAGUCCGCUUGACAAGUACGACUUCAACGUGUGGCAGUUCGCGCUACCCACCACGCUCGCCAGCGCCAUCUCGGCCGUCGCCUUCCUUGCGUUCCUGCGCGACUUGCAGCUGCCGGACCAGCCACCCCUAUUGCCCGAAGACGAGCUAGAAAUCAGCCGUCGCUUCGCGGUGGGCACGGUAGACGACGCGGCGUUCGUGCUGGACCUGGACCGGAACGAGUUUUUGCGCUUGUGCGUGUCUCAGGACGUGCUGCACAUGAAAGAACUAGUGGACCGCAUUGUGCGCAGCAGCGACAGGUUGCUCCAGCUAGCGCGCAAGCGCGCCGCAGACGCGGGAACGAUCAACCUUGUUCCAGCUGCACCAAAUAAACUACUGGAACUGCCGUAUGCAAACGUCGGAUGUUCUUUUGCCACUACUAGUUCCUACGAGGAUGUUGAUGUUGAGAGACCGUCCUCGGAUGUGCCACCAGGACCAGCUGCAGAGAGUGUGAACUUAGAUCAUAGCGGUACUACGAUGAAGAUGAGUUCUACUUCGGGGCCGAUGUCACCACGGCUACUACUCGGAGGCUCUACUACUGGAACCACAACCAGUGAGAGUGCUGCACUGCUGUAUCAAACGACCCACAUGUUGAAUAGCGGUGGAGAGCGUACAUCAAACCAAGCUGUGUCGACGUCCCGCUCGGUUCGACCGAUCCAGAUGAAGAUUCGAGACAGGUCCAUCUCACCUGAAACCGCUACGCAGCUCGUGUUGGAUGCCUUCUGGCCCAUAGAGGGCGCAGAUUAUGAAGGCUCCCCACUCCUGGAUUGGCUUGCCUGGGAGCGAAACUGCGAUAGCUGUGCAGGAGCUGCACAACAAGUCACCCGCAGUCGUGAUACUAGCGCGACUACAACAUCUGCGGAGCGGUUAACAGUACGAAAAGACGAACUACCGUCGCGUCACAACAAUCUGAAUGACUACAGCGACCAGCCUGCGGCCUCGUCGAAAUCGUACCACGUACCGCCCUAUGCAUUGCAAUGAUAUGUCUGGCUCUGGAAAUAAGCUGCAGAUUUGUGAUGCUGUCUGCCAGUCGCACAUCAAAACUCUGUCAUGCAUAUAGGUACGCAAAAGGAUCGCAAAAGGAAAAGCUGUCCAUUUGUGGCCACACUGAGAGCGGAUUUCUCAUGCAGAGUACGUAGGCAACAUCGUGAAGCUCUUGCAGAACCUGUGAAGAUGCCAGCCCUUGCAUGCCAGACAUUCUGGGCCAUGCCCCCACACCUGCAAGACAACAAGAACCUUCCAGACCCAGACAUUAUUGCAUUUGAUACGCCCGGCGUGGUAAAAGUCAACAUGGAGGACCACGAACCAGAGAGGGACGAGGUCGAGCAACAGGCGACAGCAGUCGUACACGCGUCGGUCGAUGGCCACGGGAAAGGAAAUAAAAGGGAAACGCCACAGAGUCCCCAGGAACGCCGACGCCGCAGAUCGUCCGUUUUUUCCUCCAUUGCGUCGUCCUCGCCCGGUGGCCGCGUCAGCCGUCGUUCUUCCGUGGUUACGACGCCACUCGUCGAGAAGGUGCAACAACUGUUCUACUACCAACAAAAGAUCGGCUAUCAUGUCGCUGCCGCGUACGGCCGCUUGUUGGAGCUGCAUUUUUUCAACAGUUCGACUACGACCACGGCAAGUGGAAGUUGUAGUAGUAGAGGAGCAGAUCUUCAUGUUGAUGCCGGUCGUGAGUGGCCCCAGGGUGGUGUUGAACAUCAACGCGGUGGAACAUCAAAGAUCUUCCACGACACGCCGCCCAGGAGCAUUUCUGCGCCGACCGAACGGCUUGCAGCCGUGCUGUACUGCUUGCCUCCUAAGACGUACACGAAGAUCGGGAGCCCGGAAUAUUACUACGGUAUGGCGGCGGCGGGGCUACCGUUUCCGCGGCUGACCCCGGAGCUGAUGAGGCGCGACAUGCUGCUCGGCCAGAUCCUCGCAGACCACGAUCGCUCCCAGCUGAAGCCGCACUGGUACAUACAAACCCUCGCGACGGCUGGUUGGGCGCGGGGGCAGGGCGCGGCGCGGCAACUGUUGAGCGUCGUCUUUGGUUUUGCGGACCGUGACAACGUGGGAUGCUACCUGGAAACGGACUCCACCACGGCGCCGUACUUCGAGAAGUUUGGCUUUUCCAUUGUGUGUAGCAAAUGCAUAUGCAACCGAUCCGGGUCUGCUUGAAAGGCAGUCCUUGGGGAAUAUGCAUGACAAGUUAUGUUUAUCACCGACUUCUGCGUCGUAUGUAGUUGUAGGUGUAGGCAUGAUUUUUAGUACACACUGCAUCCAUGUAAUAAAAGCUUCGCUCAUCUUUGCAGUCAUGCAAUAGAGAUGAUUUUACAGGAGCAACGAGUGAUGCAAGCUGAGCAGGUGAGGCAGAUGUUCGAGUUCCGCUUCCGCUUGCGGCUUUCCAGAUCAUCCAGACCUGGACAUCUUUGCAAUGCAUAGUGUGGCGUGAGUCUCUCCGUACCGAAGACGACGAGCCGGAGCUGGUUUUGUGUGGAAUGUGGCGAAAUUGAUCUUUUAUCUCAAGCAGUUAGAGAAGAUAAAGACCACUUCGCAAAGACCGGAACAAAACUAAAAGCGCGGAUGUCAGGAGCUCAGAUGUGCAGCUCGAGAUCGCAAGAAAUCGAACCAUGGGCCGCACCUUAAAAAUACUCUACAUGAUGUUACUGAAGAGCUUUACGGCGACGUCGACAGCAACACAUGAAAUAAAAUGUGCGUGUGAAGUGUUGUAGCACAUUUUCAAAUGUUUAAUUAUGUCGAGGCACAGAAAACUGUAUCCCUUCAUCAUGUUUGAAAAUAUCAAAUGUGCCCUUGUUUAUGUUUUUUUUUCUAUAUAAUGAACUAUGAAAGCAAUAGGGUGUAAACAAUGCAGCUGCUGGCACGCGCGUUCAUUCGGCGGGACAGUGUCUAUCUGGUUCUGGAGUGCCAGUGCUUAUCCUGUCGCCCUUUCGCUUUCCCCUUCAUGCCAUCAUUACACGUUUCUUUUGCAUACUUACACGGACGCUUUUACUAUUCUGGUGUUUCUAGAUUCAAUUCUGGCUAAAGCUGCAUAUUCCCCGUGUUUCCGGUGCUUCGCUAUCGAGGAUGAGUGUUUUCGUCUCCCUCGUCACGAUCACAGAUGUGUUGACCAAGAACGUUGGUCCAUGAACUCUAACCAGGUACAAGUAAAUCUACCCUACAACUAGUGUAAGCACUCGUGGUAGAGAAAACCGCUUACCAAUGUUGUAUGUAGUUUCGCCUACUUUUCGGUCUAGCGCCUACGCCUAGCGCGCAGACAAAAAGAAAAUUUGAGGUCCUCAAAUGCAUGACAAAUUUCCUCAGGAAAAGACUCUUGUCUCCUUUGACUGACUCAUCCGCACGUGCGCCUGCAUGCAUUCGACGACAGG